AUGAAACAAAAGAAUGUAAAUAUACUUACGAAAAAAACAUCAGGGUCAUCAACAAAAUACGUUUUAGAAUAUAAAAAAUUUUUAACCCAAGAGAUUCUCGCCAAACACAUUUCACACAGCCAUGAGACGCAAAAUAACUCAUACACCACUGCAGUUCAAAUACAAGUUGAGCAAACUCCAGUACCACAACUAACAGAUAUAUUUAACUGUGAUAUCUGCGAAUUUAAAUCAUCUCAAAAACGUUGCAUUUUGGCACAUCUUAAAACGCACGACGCUAAACAAGUGUACUGUUCUAACAAUUCGGAUUAUAAAUUUACAGAUAAAAGAAAUUUCCAAAGGCACAUGAAAAUACAUACCGGAGAAAAACCUUUUUCAUGUAACAUCUGUGAAUAUAAAUGUAUUACAAAAGAUAAGUUGCAAACACAUAUGAAAAUACAUACCGGAGAAAAACCUUUUUUGUGUAAUAUCUGUGAAUAUAAAUGUAUUACAAAAGAUAAGUUGCAAACACAUAUGAAAAUACAUACCGGAGAAAAACCUUUUUUGUGUAAUAUCUGUGAAUAUAGAUUUAUUAAAAAAAGUCAUUUGCAAGCACAUAUGAAAAUACAUACCGGAGAAAAACCUUUUUCGUGUAAUAUCUGUGAAUAUAAAUGUAUUCAAAAAGGUAAUUUGAGAACACACAUAAGAAGACACACCGGAGAAAAACCUUUUUCGUGUAAUAUCUGUGAAUUUAAAUGUAUUACAAAAAGUCAUUUGAAAACUCAUAUGAAAUUACAUACCGGAGAAAAACUUUUUUCGUGCAAUAUCUGUGAAUAUAAAUGUAUUACAAAAGAUGAGUUGCAAACACAUAUGAAAAUACAUACUGGAGAAAAACCUUUUUUGUGUAAUAUCUGUGAAUAUAGAUGUAUUACAAAAGAUAAGUUGCAAACACAUAUGAAAAUACAUACCGGAGAAAAACCUUUUUUGUGUAAUAUCUGUGAAUAUAGAUGUAUUAAAAAAAGUCAUUUGCAAGCACAUAUGAAAAUACAUACCGGAGAAAAACCUUUUUCGUGUAAUAUCUGUGAAUAUAAAUGUAUUCAAAAAGGUAAUUUAAGAACACACAUAAGAAGACACACCGGAGAAAAACCUUUUUCGUGUAAUAUCUGUGAAUUUAAAUGUAUUACAAAAACUCAUUUGAAAACUCAUAUGAAAUUACAUACCGGAGAAAAACCUUUUUCGUGCAAUAUCUGUGAAUAUAAAUGUAUUACAAAAGAUAAGUUGCAAACACAUAUGAAAAUACAUACUGGAGAAAAACGUUUUUCGUGUAAUAUCUGUAAAUAUAAAUGUAUUAAAAAAAAUCAUUUGCAAACACAUAUGAAAUUACAUACCGGAGAAAAACCUUUCUCUUGUGAUAUCUGUGGAUAUAAAUGUAUUCAAAAAAGUAAUUUGAGAACACACAUGAGAAGACACACCGGAGAAAAACCUUUUUCGUGUAAUAUCUGUGAAUAUAAAUGUAUUAGAAAAGAUAAAUUGCAAACACAUAUGAUAAUACAUACCGGAGAAAAACCUUUUUCGUGUAAUAUCUGUGAAUACAAAUGUAUGAAAAAAAGUCAUUUGCAAACACAUAUGAAAUUACAUACCGGAGAAAAACCUUUCUCUUGUGAUGUCUGUGAAUAUAAAUGUAUUCAAAAAAGUAAUUUGAGAACACACAUGAGAAGACACACCGGAGAAAAACCUUAUUUGUGUCAUAUCUGUGAAUAUGGAUGUAUUACAAAGAGUAGUUUGCAAAGGCAUAUGAAAAUACACACUGGAACAAAACCUGUUUCAUGCAAAUUCUGCGACAAAACGUUCACCACAGAAAGGAAUUUGAAGAGGCAUCUGAAUCAAUUACACAAUCCCCAUUUAGAGUACCCCACUUGCGACGAGUGUAAUAAAGUUUUUAAGGGUAAACAUUCCUUGAUAGCCCACAUUCAAUCUACCCAUAAUGUUACUGAGAAGGGAUUAAUCAAAUGCCAUCUCUGUGAAAAAGUCUAUACAAAUAAUCGCAAUUUAAAAAGGCAUGUCGAAAUGUUUCAUGGUGAGAGAGAAGAAUUCCGCUGUGACGUUUGCCCUAAAGUCUAUACGUCUAACCAGAGCUUAAGAAGGCAUACAAAGACUAGGCAUAACCCUGAACAUUGGACUCAAUACAAAUGUGAAAUCUGCAACAAAAUCGUGAUCGGAAAAGAGAAUUUCAACAAUCAUGUCACUUUCUACCACAGGAAAAAUAUUUACAGUUCAAAUCAAUAUGACGCUUUUAAUUUACGAUCAAACUCUAGACAGUUUAUUUGUAGCAAAUGCAACAAAACAUUUAAAGAGGAACCUCUUCUGCGCCGUCAUGUGAAAAUCGAACAUUCUUUUCAAGAUUUUUAUAGAUACUGUAAAAAAUCGCUUCUAGAAUUAAUGGAAGGGACCAUGGAAACUUAUAGGAAUAAUUUUUAUAAUUGCGAAUUCUGCAGAAAUGCUUUCCCCAGCAUUUACGAAUUAAAGGAUCAUAUGAGAAUCAAUCAUGAUAAAGACUACUGCCUCUCAAACUGCAACGUUUGCUUCAGCAAGUUCUAUAGUAGAGAAAGUAUGGUAGAACAUAAGAAAAUCUGUCUGCCACCACCUAACGUAAAUACUUGCAGCCACUGCGAUAAACUUUUCACCGAUAUCUCCAGUCUUGAAUUUCACGUGAGAAUUUUUCAUCCCCAAGCUCACAUUGCUGAUUCUGUAAUUUCCUCUAGUAACAUCGACGAAACCUCAAUAGAACUCGGUUCUUACAAAUGUGCCCACUGUGAUCGUAUUUACUACAGUGAUAGGUCUUUAAAACAUCACGUCAAACUAAAGCACACUACCGACGAGGCCAAGGAGUGUGGUUUUUGCGGGAAAGUCUGCAGUAAUAAAUAUUACCUGGCAUCGCACAUCAAAAUAGUGCACAACAAUGACACUUGGUCUAAAUGCGACUAUUGUGACAAGCAGUUCAAGUCUAAAAGAAACAUCCGACGUCAUAUUGAGUAUACUCAUCUUGGAAUGCAAAGAUAUAAAUGUAUCGAAUGUGAGACCUUAUUCAAGGAGAAGAGAAGCCUCAGGAAGCACGUUAGAAUCAAACAUCCCAAUUCCACAUCUUUCCCGCAAUGUCACAUUUGUCAGAAGCGUUUUGAAUCCGCUAAAUCAUGCAAGAUACAUCUCAAAUUGCUCCAUUCGUUCAAUAUGAACACGCAUCCUUGCGAUCUGUGCUCAGUGUCGUUCAAUUCUGUCGAAGCUCUUAACAUUCAUCUACAAACUAAACAUUUAGCAGAAGAGGAAAUCUAUAAAUGCGAAGUAUGCAAUCUAGUUUUCAAUGGCCAAGAGAAAUUCGAACAACAUAAUCAAUUUUCACAUGUCAAUUUAGUACAGACGAUAAAUCGUAAAGUAUUGCCGCGUUGUGUCAUAUGCACAAAGGAUUUCAGCACUAGGAAAACAUUAAAACGGCACAUAAAGAAGUUUCACGAAGAAUUCGAUGUUGACGAAUUAGCUACCUACGGUUGGCGGUUGAGGGAGACCAACGUUGAAUGUGAAGAUUGCAUCAAAAAUUUCAACGACGAAUUUCACUUCAAUGUGUACCAAGAGCUGAAGCAUUUGAGGGAAUCUAUCAUAUUCAGAUGCGAAACAUGUUUUUCAUCUUACAAUGCAUUCGAAUACUCCAUUCAGAGGUAUAAACUCGCCAAUUUAAAUACUUGUAAGAGUAAAUUGAUUUUAAGUGAGCUUUGCACUACGGAAAUGAGUGAUAGUGAAGUAACUCACCACGCCCAAUCCACAGAGAUCAUGGAACCGGAGAGCACCACUAAUGACAUCAAAGUUGAGCCACCGGAUGUAUUAUAUGAGAUUAAGACUGAACCUAUGUCUCCGUAA